CUCGUAUAGACUCUCUUGAGUCUCUUCUUCUUUUCUACUCCAAAACCAAAGUAGUAGAAGAAGAAACAAAACCCCCAAAUUUGAUUAGACCUCAAAAUCAAAAAUGGAGCAAGGAAAUAGAGGCACCAUGGUCUCCAUGCUCCCCCAGCAGAACCAAAACCCCUUACAGCAGUUGCAGGCUCGCGUCAAGCACCUCGAGACCGGCUUCCGCUCCUGGCUCGCCAAGCAGUCCGUCGCCGUCGAAGCAGCCAUCGUCACCGUCGCCAGCGGCGCUCAGGGAGCCGCUAUCGGCGGCAUCAUGGGUACUCUCACCGGCGACAUCUCCUCCGCUCUCCCCACUCCUCCUCAGGCCCUCAACCCCCAGGCCAUGGCGUCCUUCAAGCAAGCUCAGGCUCUGGCUGGAGGUCCAUUGGUACAAGCGAGGAACUUUGCUGUGAUGACUGGUGCCAAUGCUGGGAUAUCUUGUGUUAUGAGGAGACUGAGAGGAAAGGAGGAUGUCCAAUCGAGCAUGGUCGCGGCUUUUGGUUCAGGUGCUCUGUUUUCAUUGGUGAGUGGUUUUGGUGGCCCUAAUCAAGUACAGAAUGCACUUACAUCUGGAAUUUUCUUUGCAGCUGUUCAAGGUGGACUCUUCAAGUUGGGGCAAAGGUUUUCCAAAGUACCAUCGGUAGAUAAAGAUUUGUACUAUUCUAAAACAAGAAGCAUGUUGAGUAACCUUGGCCUCGAUCAUUAUGAGAAGAAUUUCAAGAAUGGCUUGCUAACAGACUACACAUUGCCUCUGCUGAAUGAUAGUGCACUUAGGGAGGUGAAAAUCCCUCCAGGACCAAGGCUUCUCAUUCUUGAUCACAUUCAGAGGGACCCGGAGUUUCAAGAGAAGCGGAAACACAAGUAGUUGAAUAGCCUAUUGAUCGGUUAUGCUUGCCUUGUCUUCUAUAGAACGACGUUUUUAUGCAGUUAAAAAACCUUUAGAGUAAGGAAGAUAUGUUUUGGAGUUGAGAUAAUGUCAUUCUAUUAUCAGCUUUGUCCUUUACACUUUGCUAGUAAGUAAUGGUUUGCAUAAUUUUGGUUGUUGUGGCGCUUAUCAGUUCAUGAGUUGCUUUACCACCGAGUUUGAAACUG